UCGUAUUUGACAGUUUAUCAGAUAAUUAAGAACACUAAUCAUGUUACUGUUAUUUUACUCAAAGAAAUUAUUGGUUUUAUUAAAUGUGCCAUGGUUUAUUGCAAUGAUUUCUGUUUAAAAUUGACAAAAGUAGUGAUAUGAGGUGAAUUUAAUUGUACGAGAUAUUAGGAAAAAAAUAGCCGGUUGAUUUGAAGGCGUAGACUGACCGAAUUUUAGUGGGUGUGCGGUGUUUUCAUUCCUUUCAUAAUCUGCCAAAUUAUCGUUAUCAUUGUGGACAUAAGGCUCGAUAAGAUGAAGUUUAUUAUUUUCAUAUAAUUUAGUACCCCAAUAUCUAACUUUCCCAGGCAGCCAGACAAAAGAUGUGUAGAUUAACUUCAUCAUAUUAUUAUUACUCAUAUAAUUUAGAUAUCAACAUUUGAAGACCCUAUACUCUCAAAAUGGGAAACAAGAACAGUUGUUGCUCAUAUUCGAGUCCUCAGACUAGUCACAGGGAAAGAGUCGUAAUACCUAUCGAGGAAACUCUCCACGAGGGUGAAAUCAGUCAGACUAACCUACAACAUAUCAGCGAACGUGAGGGUGACGAUGGCGAGGCGGAUCCAUCUCAGGACCCCAUGGCGAAAACUAUAUUUAUCGAACGAUCAAAGACGGCUAUUGAAAAUGGUAUGAUCCGUCGAAAAAGUCAGCACCAAAUAGCAGAUCUGAGGCCGUUGAAGAAAAGUAGUUCCUGCUCAACCAUAUACUUAGAUGAUAGUACCGUUUCCCAACCAAACUUGAAAAACACAGUGAAGUGUGUAGCACUUGCAAUUUAUUACCACAUUAAAAAUCGUGAUUCACAAAGAGAGAUCGAUAUAUUCGAUGAGAAGUUACACCCGCUCACGAGAGACGGUGUUAGUGACGAUUACGAUAAGUAUAACCCCGAACAUAAGCAAAUUUAUAAGUUUGUGAGGACUUUGUUUAAUGCUGCACAGUUGACUGCUGAAUGUGCCAUUAUUACUUUAGUGUAUUUAGAACGACUGCUAACGUACUCCGAGUUAGAUAUUCAACCAUCAAACUGGAAACGAAUAGUUUUAGGUGCAAUCUUGUUAGCUUCCAAGGUGUGGGAUGACCAAGCGGUUUGGAAUGUGGACUACUGCCAAAUACUGAAAGACAUAACGGUGGAAGACAUGAACGAACUGGAGCGACAAUUCUUGGAGCUCUUGCAAUUUAAUAUUAACGUGCCCUCAAGUGUCUACGCAAAAUACUACUUCGAUUUACGUACGUUGGCCGAAGCUAACGAUCUGACGUUUCCAAGCGAGCCGCUCAGCAUUGAGCGUGCCCAGAAGUUGGAGGCGAUGUCGAGGGUGAUGGCCGACAAGUACACCCAGGAGGCGAUCAAGAACGGUCUGAAGAAAUGGUCGAGUCUAGAUAACAUAACGAACGGCGGUACGGCAGCUAGACGGAGUGUGGCCAUCUUAUCGUGAUUAAGAAUGGUUUUUUUAUUUUUAAUGUAAGAUCUACCAAAGUAUUCCUAGUGGACGUUUUAAAGAUCUACCUUUUUUUAUAUAGAUUAUGUGUAUAUUAUUUACAGUGCUUUGAUUUAUCCAGAUGUAUUUUUAUAUUUUACAAAAAUCGUAGGCUUAUUUCUACUAUUCCAUUAUUAUCAAAUUUUAACGAUUGUAUGUGAGAUUCAGUAACCGUUUAUGUUUAGUAUGUAUUAAAUUAUACAAAAUAUAUUUUAUUAUUAAGAUAAUAUGAAAACGCAACUUGUCACGGUUUAUGAUGAAAUUAUUUCGGCUCGGAGGGCGUUACGGCCUUGUCUUUCAUUUGUUAUUUGGCAUGUCGAGAGCACCACCCCUUUAUACCAAAUAUGCGUUUUUGUAGUACGGUCCGGGAGAUGCCAAUUCACGUUUUCUAAUCAAAGUCGGUCCCGAAGGGCUCGUCGGUUCAUUAGUGGAUCGCGCCCUUGCGGAUUCAUUUUCAGGUAUUUCUGUGAGGAUUUGGGUAUAGUCAUUCCAUUUGUUCGGUAUGUCUGGAAGAAUGCCGCGUAGAAAAUUUGCACCACCCAGCUUCUAAACACACGUCCAAUAUUUUUUGAUAAUUAUGUGUCGGGGAGGGAGGGGAGGGGGGUUGGGAG